AUGUUGAUGUCAGAUGUGAUUGGAAGAGAAGAAGUCCAGAAUAUUGAUGCUUCUGGUGGACUGUUUCCUGUUUUGGAUUACUCAGCUAGCUAACAGAGUGUGUAAGGACAAUCUUCUACUGAUGUCAUCGAGAGAAGAGCAGGUGACAGAUGGAAUCUCGACAGCCAGAUCCAGUCAAUCGCAGAGAUUUGGCGGAAGUGGAAACGUGAGUGGGGGUGUUGACUUAACACAUGGCAAGGGUGGGUUGGAAUACUCCUCGACUGUUUCGUUUGGAUGCCACUCUCAGAAAGAGCUGCAAUUCGGAGGAGCAAGAGACUCUUCGGAGAGACAAUCACGUCGCUUGCAGUCCAUACGGGAAGGAGAUCGUGGAAGAGCUGCAAUUCGGAGGAGCAAGAGACUCUUCGGAGAGACAAUCACGUCGCUUGCAGUCCAUACGGGAAGGAGAUCGUGGAAGAGCUGCAAUUCGGAGGAGCAAGAGACUCUUCGGAGAGACAAUCACGUCGCUUGCAGUCCAUACGGGAAGGAGAUCGUGGAAGAGCUGCAAUUCGGAGGAGCAAGAGACUCUUCGGAGAGACAAUCACGUCGCUUGCAGUCCAUACGGGAAGGAGAUCGUGGAAGAGCUGCAAUUCGGACGAGCAAGAGACUCUUCGGAGAGACAAUCACGUCGCUUGCAGUCCAUACGGGAAGGAGAUCGUGGAAGAGCUGCAAUUCGGAGGAGCAAGAGACUCUUCGGAGAGACAAUCACGUCGCUUGCAGUCCAUACGGGAAGGAGAUCGUGGAAGAGCUGCAAUUCGGAGGAGCAAGAGACUCUUCGGAGAGACAAUCACGUCGCUUGCAGUCCAUACGGGAAGGAGAUCGUGGAAGAGCUGCAAUUCGGAGGAGCAAGAGACUCUUCGGAGAGACAAUCACGUCGCUUGCAGUCCAUACGGGAAGGAGAUUGUGGAAGAGCUGCAAUUCGGAGGAGCAAGAGACUCUUCGGAGAGACAAUCACGUCGCUUGCAGUCCAUACGGGAAGGAGAUCGUGGAAGAGCUGCAAUUCGGAGGAGCAAGAGACUCUUCGGAGAGACAAUCACGUCGCUUGCAAUCCAUACGGGAAGGAGAUCGUGGAAGAGCUGCAAUUCGGAGGAGCAAGAGACUCUUCGGAGAGACAAUCACGUCGCUUGCAGUCCAUACGGGAAGGAGAUCGUGGAAGAGCUGCAAUUCGGAGGAGCAAGAUACUCUUCGGAGAGACAAUCACGUCGCUUGCAGUCCAUACGGGAAGGAGAUCGUGGAAGAGCUGCAAUUCGGAGGAGCAAGAGACUCUUCGGAGAGACAAUCACGUUGCUUGCAGUCCAUACGGGAAGGAGAUCGUGGAAGAGCUGCAAUUCGGAGGAGCAAGAGACUCUUUGGAGAGACAAUCACGUCGCUUGCAGUCCAUACGGGAAGGAGAUCGUGGAAGAGCAUGGAAAACUCCAACCCUCCCAUUCAGACAUCAUCUGAUAAAAACUGUCUUUCAAAGAACACAGGAGGGAUCCCCCCUAUUGCAAUAGUGGAGAAUGAUAACAUGGUACAAAUUUCGUAUAUGCUUAACUACCACGAGAUCUCUGCGCUUCUGUGGAUCCAAAAUCCGAGAGGGUUUUGGCGAAGAGUGGAUGCGUGUCUUUCUUUUGCAUUGGAUUACGCAAUUUUGAAGUUCCAGCAAGCACACGUCAUAGUGUACUAUGUAGUGAAAGGCAGUGUAGGUGCCCAGUAUGACGUGUGGGUGCUGCACCCGCUCAUUUUCAUCACAUUUGCGACUGUAUUUGUGCUCUUGGUUGAACCCAAUGCAGUAGGAAGUUGUAUCCCGGAGUUGAAAACCAUCAUCAGGGGAAUUGGACUGACAAUAGUUCUGGGCAGUGGCAUGCCCAUCGGCAAGAAGGGUCCGUUUGUCCACGUGGCGUGCAUGGCAGCAACCCAGCUCAGCUCCGCCGUCACUUCCUUCCAAGACGUGUCUACCGCAAUUCCACUCGCAACACAGGGAUGCUGGCAGGCGCGUGUGCAGUAG